AUGAAUGUGACAACUACUUUACACUGUAAAUGUGAUGACCCGGUCGACUGGAAAGAGCGGACUCCAGCUGUUGUUAAAGAUGGUGACAAGUUGAAAGUACUCACAGUUAAGAAGCACUACAAAUUUUCAAAAGAUGAAGAGAUGGUCGUUGAAACUCCAAAAAACAACUUCUUGCCAAAAACUCCACUUAAAAGAAAGCGUGAAGACAAGAUCGAAAACGAUGAAUACCGCGAUCCAAAGAAAAUGGAAUGGAUCAGAUCCAAGGCGAAGUCCGCAAUCAUCCCAGCUGAAACUGUCGAUGUCUUGAAACCAGAGUAUUUGUUCAAGGAGACGGGACCACUCAUCAUCUAUCUUUGCAAUGCCUGCAAGAAAUUCAAUUCCGCUCGUCCAAUGGAAACUAUCGAGGAAGGAAUGACUCAAAUUCCUUUGGCAAUGUGCACUGUCUGCCGCUUCCACCACAACCAACCAUUAAACUUGAAGUUCUUCCAACACGAGCUCCCAGCUGUCAAGAAAGAAUACGAUCUCUGA